AACUGACCGGAUUUUAGUGGCACACACCAGAGAAAGAUCUCAUUCUCAUCUCUAGCAUCUCUGAGUCAAGCAACUUUUUACACUCUUCAUCUCAACACCGCAAACCGGACCUCCUCACCGCAGGAAUAUCUCCCUUGUGUUGCAGAGAGAAGUACUCAGCAGAGAAAAGAAGCGCACAUUUCAGUUUGUUUUUUUGUUGCAAAAGUUAACAUCGCCAUGUCUUGCGGUGAUGCGUCGGAUCAGAGUCGGCGGUUCUGUGUGUUGUCUUGGGAUCAGGUGCAGCGUUUGGACUCGAUCCUCGGGGAGGCUGUCCCCAUCCACGGCCGGGGAAACUUCCCCACUCUGUCCGUGCAGCCACGACAGAUCGUCCAGGUGGUGCGGGCUCGGCUGGAGGAGAGGGGUGUGUGCGUUAAGGAUGUACGGCUGAACGGCUCGGCUGCCAGCUAUGUGCUCCAUCAGGACACCGGACUGGGCUACAAGGACCUCGACCUUAUCUUUGGCGUGUCGCUGAAAGACGAUCAGGCCUUCCGACUGGUGAAGGAUGUCGUUCUAGAAUGCCUGUUUGACUUCCUGCCGGCUGGCGUCUCUAAGGAGCGCAUCUCGCCACUCACGCUAAAAGAGGCCUAUGUACAGAAACUGGUUAAGGUCUGCAAUGACACAGACCGCUGGAGCCUCAUCUCGCUGUCCAACAACACAGGCAAGAAUGUGGAGCUAAAAUUUGUGGACUCUUUACGGCGGCAGUUUGAAUUCAGCGUGGACUCCUUCCAGAUUUGCCUCGACUCUCUGCUCUUAUUUGACCGCUGCUCAGAGACGCCCAUGUCUGAGAGCUUUCACCCCACUGUGAUCGGGGAGAGUGUGUAUGGGGACUUCAAGGAGGCCAUGGAGCACCUGUGUCAGAGGACGAUAGCGACACGCAGCCCUGAAGAAAUCAGAGGGGGCGGCUUAUUGAAGUACUGCCACCUGCUGGUGCGGGGCUUCACCGCCUCUUCAGUGCCUGAAAUGAAGAACCUGCAGCGCUACAUGUGCUCACGGUUCUUCAUUGACUUCUCUGACAUUGGUGAACAGCAGAGGAAGCUGGAGGCCUACCUGCAGAACCACUUUGCAGGGAUGGAGCACAAACGGUAUGAGUGCCUGAUGACACUGCACCAUGUAGUGAACGAGAGCACCGUGUGUCUGAUGGGCCACGAGCGGCGCCAGACGCUCAGCCUCAUCUCCAUGCUGGCACUGAGGGUGCUGGCUGAGCAGAACGCCAUCCCCACUGUAACGAACGUCACGUGUUACUACCAGCCAGCUCCGUACGUGCAGGACAUCAACUUCAGUAACUACUAUAUUGCACACGUGCAGCCGCCGCAGGUCUCCCCGUGCAAUAAUGCAUAUCAGACAUGGCUGCCCUGUAGCUGAACCAGCUGUUAGAGGAGCAAGGGUGGACUCUUCAUCGCUCUUUAUGUCUCAAAGGAAGUGGACUAAAAAAAAAA